AUGUCUAUACCAGAGGGUGUUAUCCCCCCUAAGCCAACUCAGGUUUGCAAGCUUGAGAAAUCCCUUUAUGGGCUUAAACAAGCAAGUCGCCAAUUGAAUGCUAGAUUAUCCAUUGAACUUAUAUCUCUUGGUUACAUACAAUCCUUUAUUGAUCAUUCCUUAUUCACCAAACAAAAUCAUGAUUCAUUCACUGCAUUUCUUGUGUAUGUGGAUGACAUAGUCUUAGAUGGCAAUGACAUGAUUGAAAUACAAGAUGUUAAAGGUCACCUUGAUAAUUUGUUUCGUAUCAAAGACCUUGGACCCCUUCGGUUCUUCUUAGGCUUUGAAGUAGCUCACUCUCAACGUGGUAUUUUGCUGAAUCAAAGGAAAUAUACUCUUGAAUUGCUAUCUGAUGGUGGUUUGACUGGAGCUAAACAUGUUUCUACUCCUAUGGAGCCUACUCUUCGUCUAUGUCAGAAUCAAGGAGCACCUUAUCAUGAGUCAGCAGCUAAUCGUCGGCUUGUUAGGCGUCUUCUGUACCUUACAAACACCAGACCUGACAUCUCUUUUACUGUUCAACAGCUUAGCCAGUUUGUAGCUCACCCAACGAAGCCUCAUUUUGAUGCAGCCAUUCGAGUUCUAAAAUAUCUCAAAAGGUCUCCAGGCAAAGGUAUUUUCUUUCCUUCUCAUAAUUCCUUAACUCUAUCUGGCUUCACAGACGCAGAUUGGGCCACAUGUCCAGAUACCCGUAAGUCUACAACAGGGUUCUAUGUCUUCAUACGAUCCUCUUUAAUUACGUGGAAGUCCAAGAAACAAAGUAUCGUAAGUCGCUCAUCAGCAGAAGUGGAGUAUCGUGCCUUAGCCACUCUGACAUGUGAGGUGCAGUGGCUAACUUAUCUCCUUCAUGAUCUUCACAUUCCGAUUUCUGGUCCAGCUAUGAUCUACAACAAUAAUCAAGCUGCAAUACACUUAGCACACAACCUAACAUUUCAUGAGCACGACAACAAUAUAGAACUUGACUGCCACAUUACACGUGAGAAAAUCAUCAAAGGAUUGAUUCAUUUGCUUCAUGUUUCUACCAAAUAA